AAGGCCGUUGAGAUUGAAGUUGGGGGUAGCAAGCUAGGCGUAGAUAAUACAAAUAUUUGGACCAAAAAGAGACAAGUGAGUGGCGGAGAGGCGUUUAAACGACAGAAGACACAGAUAAAAUGGUGACAAGGUUACGUUAAGUUCAGAAAGCCAAUGUCAAUGGCAAUAGCAUUGCCAAUGCCAAUGCGCACGCGACCUGGUCUGCUGGUGAGGGUAUCAGCUCAACAUUCUAUGACCAAUGAAACAAUAGUAUCAAUAACGGGAGCAACUGGGUUUAUUGGGAGAAGAUUAGUUCAAAAGCUUCUUUCAGAUAAUCAUAAGAUUCAGAUUUUGACUCGAUCAAAAUCCAAAGCACAACAAAUAUUUCCUGCAAAUGACUACCCUGGAAUUGUAAUUGUUGAGGAACCAGAAUGGAAAGAAUAUAUUCAAGGUUCAAAUGCAGUUGUUAAUUUGGCUGGGACACCGAUCGGUACUAGAUGGUCUCCUGAGAUCAAGGCAGACAUUAAGAAUAGUAGGGUUUCGGUUACUUCAAAGGUUGUUGAUGCUAUCAAUACGACAAAUGUUCAAAACAGGCCCUCGGUUUUCAUUAGUGCAACAGCAGUUGGCUACUAUGGAACAAGUGAGAUAAAAACUUUUGAUGAGACAAGUUCCUCUGGAUAUGAUUACUUAUCUGAGGUCUGCAGAGAGUGGGAAGCAAUGGCACAGAGGGUGAAUGACCCAGCUAGAUUAGUUCUUCUCCGUAUUGGUGUUGUUCUUGACAAAGAUGGUGGUGCUCUAGCUAAGAUGAUCCCACUUUUCUUUUUGUUUGCUGGUGGUCCUAUUGGAUCAGGAAAGCAAUGGUUUUCGUGGAUUCAUCGAGAUGAUUUAGUUAACCUUAUAAUCGAAGCAAUCUCAAAUCCAGCUUAUAAAGGAGUAAUCAAUGGUACGGCACCAAAUCCAGUGCGACUAGCGGAAAUGUGCAAUAGCCUUGGAAACAUUAUGGGGCGACCAUCUUGGCUUCCUGUACCAGAAUUUGCAGUAAAAACAAUUCUUGGGGAAGGUGCUGCUGUUGUAUUGGACGGACAAAGAGUGAUGCCAAAAAAAGCUCUGGAGUUGGGUUUCAAGUUUAAGUACCACCAUAUAAAUGAUGCUCUCAAGGCUAUCAUCUCCUCUUAGCCUACUCUAUAUUCCUCUAUUUUGUGUUGGUCCCACUGUAAAUUUUGUGUAAAUUUUUUGCGUUGGUCAGUACAUAAUCAACAAUGACAAUUUUGCUUCACUCGAUAACCUUGCCCAUCCUAGAUGAUCAGUUUGAAUGCAUAACUCGUAAUUUUAGAAUAAAAUUAUUUAUCCCGUUUUUCCCAAAUUUAUACAAAUACAUUUACAUUUAGUUUGUACACCUUGUUCUAAACGGGCACAUUAUAAAACUGUGAUCUUUUGCUGUUCUCAUACUAGAGGUGCCUUGGCGAAUAAAUUGCAGUAACCUAUUCGAAAAACUUGACCACAAAACUCAGAUUAUUUGUAAUCUAUUCAAAAGUUCAUGUUGGUCAUUUGAAAUUUC